AUGAACCUGAUUCCAACCGCCACAAUUGAAAUGGUUGCAGGACUGACCUCACAGCACAACGAGCUGAUCUGCAGCACAUGGGGAAACUACCAUUACAAGACCUUCGACGGCGAUUACUUCCAGCUCCCGUCGACCUGCAACUACAUCCUGACGUCACACUGUUCCAGCAGUUACGAAGACUUCAAUGUCCAGCUGAGACACGAGCUGCUGAACAACGAGCCCACCGUCAGCAAGAUCACCAUGAAGCUGCAGGGCACGAUCAUCGAGCUGAGCAGAGACUCUCUCAGUGUUAAUGGACAGACAGUAACACUGCCAUACAGCAGCGCUGAAGUCUUCAUCGAGAGGGUGACCUCUUAUAUCUCAAUCAAGGCGGCUUUGGGACUAGUAGCCAUGUGGAAUGAAGAUGACUCCUUCAUGAUCAGGUUAGAUGAAAAAUACCGGAACCAAACGUGUGGACUGUGUGGGGACUUCAAUGGCAUCCCAGUUUACAAUGAGUUUGUCAGUGGAGGGAGUUCGCUGUCUGUCUCUGAUUAUGGGAAUCUCUGGAAGUUGGACGGCCCUACAGAAACCUGCACUGAAGACACCAUGUUUCUGAACGAAAACUGUGGAGAUGAGAAUUUCUGCCGUGAUAUUUUCUCCAGUCCAGUGUUCAGUGACUGCAGAGGUCUGGUGUCCAUUGACUCCUUUGUUCAAGUUUGCAUUCAAGACUUGUGUCACUGCAACAGCUCUUCUGGAGCUUUCUGCCUGUGUGAUACGAUCGCUGAGUAUUCCAGACAGUGUGUGCAUGCAGGAGGAAAACCUGAAGAAUGGAGAACUGAGUAUUUCUGCCGUGAGUUGCCUCAUCUUUGUAGUCCUGCAUUCAUGUUGAGGGCACAAAACUGCACUGCAACUGACUUUUAUUUGUUUGUUUUGUAUAUCACAGCUCAUCCUUGCCCAGAAACCAUGGUGUACAGCCAGUGUGGAAAUCCCUGCACAGACACCUGUACCAACUCUGAAAGAGGACAAGUGUGUGCGCAGCACUGCAUUGAUGGAUGCUUCUGCCCUCCUGGUCUGACUGAAAGACACAGGUGUUUCACUUAUUUCAGUGUGUUUAAAGUUCACCCUCACUGUUUGCUCUUAAUUAUGCAAUGUUUAAAUAAAAGCUCAUUUGGUCAUUGUUAUUUCUCCUUCAGCACCUGUGACCAGGGGCAGUGGGAUUGUUACAUUAAGGAUUGUCCCCAUUCAUGUUCAGUGGAGGGCGGAUCCCACAUUACCACAUUUGAUGGAAAAGCAUACACAUUUCACGGAGACUGCACUUACGUCCUGUCCAAAGUAUGUACAUCUCUGAGCUUGAAGACAAUUCUAUUUAUACAUUGCUCUGGCACAGAAUUCACAGUUCUAGGAGACCUGGUGAAAUGUGGUCUGACUGAGACCGAAACCUGUCUGAAGGCAAUAACCGUGGCGUUGUUUGAUGGAAUUACUUUUCCAGCUUCAGUGAGUGUUUUCAAGCCCUCCUCAUUCUACAUCAUCAUUGAAGCUCCGCUGAUUGGGCUUCGUCUGGAGAUCCAGCUGGUGCCAAUAAUGCAGCUUUACAUCACAGCCAAUUCAGUGUAUCAAGGAGAAACAUGUGGUCUUUGUGGCAAUUACAACAACAUGGAGGCUGAUGACUUCACAACCAUCGGUGGACUCCGGGAAGGAACAGCUCUGGAUUUUGCCAACACCUGGAAAACAAGAGCAAGCUGCCCAGAUGUUAAGAGAAGCUUUGAGAACCCGUGCAGUCUGAGCACAGAAAACGAGCAAUAUGCACAGCACUGGUGUUCCCUGCUGUCUGAUUCCUCGUCAGUUUUUGCUCCGUGUCACACUGAAGUCAACCCUGAAGUCUACAAAGCAAACUGCAUCUACGACAGCUGUAACUGUGAGAGGAGCGAGGACUGCAUGUGUGCUGCUUUAUCGUCAUACGCACACGCUUGUGCCGCCAGAGGGAUCCUGCUUGAGGGAUGGAGAGACGCUGCAUGCAUGAAAUACACAGAAACCUGCGCCGCCACCACAGUUUACUCAUAUCAGAUGACGAGCUGCGGGCGCACAUGCAGGUCUCUCAGCCAGGCUGACGGUUCCUGCACCCAUGAUCAUGUGCUGGUGGACGGCUGCGGCUGUGCUGAAGGAAAGUACAUGAAUGAGAACGGAGACUGUGUUGAAGCUGCCGCCUGCUCCUGUUACGAUUCAGGCAAAGUCGUUGCUUUAGGAGAGACCAUCUCCAAAGACGGAGGAUCAUGGUAUGCACAUUUCUGGAAACUGAGCUGCUCUGGUGUAUCAAAUGGAGAAGGAUCCUUAAAUUACAAUUUGACCUUAACUUGUAAUGAAAGGUUACAUAGUGAAUGUGUUUUGUAUAUGGACUGCAUGCAGAUCAGCACAGGGUGUGUUUCUGGCUGUGUGUGUCCUUCUGGACUGGUGUCUGAUGGGAACGGUGGCUGUAUCGAUAAAGACCAGUGUCCCUGCAUCCAUAAUGGACACACCUACCAGUCUGGAGAAAGCAUUAAGAUUGACUGUAAUACAUGUUCCUGCCAGAACAGACGAUGGACUUGCACCACAAACCAGUGCAGUGCCACAUGCAGCAUCUAUGGAGAUGGACAUUACAGAACAUUUGAUGACAAAAGAUACGUCUUUAGUGGAAACUGCGAAUACAGCCUCGUUCAGGACUUCUGCAACAGCACCUCCGGCACUUUCAGAGUCAUCACUGAAAACAUUCCCUGCGGAUCCACCGGCACCACUUGCUCCAAGGCGAUCAAGCUUUUCCUUGGAAGCAAUGAGCUGAGACUGACUGAUGGAUCCUUCCAAGUUGUUCGCAGAGACGCGGGAGAGGAGAUUCCCUACCAGAUGCGAACCAUGGGGCUUUACUUGGUGAUCGAGACCAAAAAUGGCCUGAUGCUCAUAUGGGACAGAAAAACAACUAUACACAUCAAACUGGGACCAGAGUAUAAUGGCCGUGUUUGUGGUUUGUGUGGAAACUAUGACGGGAACGCGAACAAUGACUUCACCACACGCACUCAAGCAGUUGCUGUCCAAGCCCUUGAUUUCGCAAACAGCUGGAAACUUUCCAGUUGUCCAGAUGCAACCCUCAUCCAAGAUCCAUGCGCCCAUAAUCCAUACAGAGAGGCCUGGGCACAGAGACAGUGCAGCAUCAUUACUAGCAGCGUCUUCUCAGCCUGCCAUUCACAGGUCGAUCCAUCUCCGUUCUACGAUGCCUGUGUGAGAGACGCAUGCGCCUGUGAUAGUGGUGGAGAUUAUGAGUGUUUUUGCACUGCUGUAACAGCUUAUGCACAAGCCUGCAAUGAGGCCGGAGCUUGUGUUGCCUGGAGAUCUCCGAAAAUUUGCCCCUUGUUCUGUGAUUAUUACAACCCUCCCGGUGAAUGUGAGUGGCAUUACAAACCUUGCGGAGCUCCUUGCAUGAAGACAUGCAGAAAUCCAGAUGAACAGUGCUCAAACCAGAUACCAGCGCUUGAAGGUUGCUAUCCCCAAUGCCCUCAAGAGCAGCCUGUUUUUGAUGAGGAUAACAUGAAGUGUGUGAAGCAGGAAGAGUGUGGCUGUUUUGUUGACAUGGAACAUUAUGAGGUUGGAGAGCAAGUGCCAACUACAGAGAACUGUCAGUCAUGGUAUGUGUGUAUUUUUAACUUACACACCUUCACUACACUUGUGUCCACAACAGUGAGUGUUGAAUCAUCCACUGAAUUUGAGGUCAGUACCCAGGGUCCAUCUUCAACAACAAAACCAAUCAAAGCUGAAACAACACUUUCAACCACCACAGCAGCUAUCCCAUCCACUACUUUCAGUGUUGUGGAGGGAAGUACCACUGUGCAGCCAUCAGCUCCAAGCAUUUUGUCCACAACAUCCAAAUCAUCUACAGUAACUGAAACAACUGGAGUAGUAACAACAACUGAGACAGUUACUGAGAACGAACUGAGCACUUCUGAGACAACGUUGUCCACCACCAGGCCACCAAAGGUGGUAACAACUAGCCAAACAAUCCAGCCGACAACUACAGCCACAACAACCGUGGAGGAGCUAACGGCAACUUCACCUGAAUCUUCAACACCAUCAAGCACAUCUGUCCCUCUGAGACAAACCUCACCAGCCAUAACAUCCACUCAACCAACAACACUAACAAAGACAACUGCUGUACCAGUCACUACACUUGUGUCCACAACAGUGAGUGUUGAAUCAUCCACUGAAUUUGAGGUCAGCACCCAGAGUCCAUCUUCAACAACAAAACCAAUCAAAGCUGAAACAACACUUUCAACCACCACGGCAGAGACUCCAUCCACCACUGUCCUUGUAGAGGGAAGCAGUACUGUCCAAAAACCCACAGAAACAUCAGCUCCAAGCAUUUUGUCCACAACAUCCAAAUCAUCUACAGUAACUGAAACAACUGGAGUAGUAACAACAACUGAGACAGUUACUGAGAAUGAACUGAGCACUUCUGAGACAACGUUGUCCACCUCCAGGCCACCGAAGGUGGUAACAACUGGCCAAACAAUCCAGCCGACAACUACAGCCACAACUACCGUGGAGGAGCUAACGGCAACUUCACCUGAAUCUUCAACACCAUCAAGCACAUCACUCCCUGUGAGACAAACCUCACCAGCCAUAACAUCCACUCAACCAACAACAGUAACAAAGACAACUGCUGUACCAGUCACUACACUUGUGUCCACAACUGUAACUGUUGAAUCAUCCACUGAAUUUGAAGUCAGCACCCAGGGUCCAUCUUCAACAACAAAACCAAUCAAAGCAGAAACAACACUUUCAACCACCACAGCAGAGACUCCAUCCACCACUGUCCUUGUAGAGGGAAGCAGUACUGUCCAACAUCCCACAGAAACAUCAGCUCCAAGCAUUUUGUCCACAACAUCCAAAUCAUCUACUUCAACUGAAACAACUGGAGUAGUAACAACAACUGAGACAGUUACUGAGAAUGAACUGAGCACUUCUGAGACAACGUUGUCCACCACCAGGCCACCAAAGGUGGUAACAACUGGCCAAACAAUCCAGCCGACAACUACUGCCACAACAACCGUGGGGGAGCUAACGGCAACUUCACCUGAAUCUUCAACACCAUCAAGCACAUCUGUCCCUCUGAGACAAACCUCACCAGCCAUAACAUCCACUCAACCAACAACACUAACAAAGACAACUGCUGUACCAGUCACUACACUUGUGUCCACAACAGUGAGUGUUGAAUCAUCCACUGAAUUUGAGGUCAGCACCCAGAGUCCAUCUUCAACAACAAAACCAAUCAAAGCUGAAACAACACUUUCAACCACCACCGCAGAGACCCCAUCCACCACUGUCCUUGUAGAGGGAAGCAGUACUGUCCAACAACCCACAGAAACAUCAGCUCCAAGCAUUUUGUCAACAACAUCCAAAUCAUCUACAGUAACUGAAACUAUUGGAGUAGUAACAACAACUGAGACAGUUACUGAGAACGAACUGAGCACUUCUGAGACAACGUUGUCCACCACCAGGCCACCGAAGGUGGUAACAACUGGGCAGACAAUCCAGCCGACAACUACUGCCACAACAACCGUGGAGGAGCUUACGGCAACAUCACCUGAAUCUUCAACACCAUCAAGCACAUCUGUCCCUCUGAGACAAACCUCACCAGCCAUAACAUCCACUCAACCAACAACACUAACAAAGACGACUGCUGUACCAGUCACUACACUUGUGUCCACAACAGUGAGUGUUGAAUCAUCCACUGAAUUUGAGGUCAGUACCCAGGGUCCAUCUUCAACAACAAAACCAAUCAAAGCUGAAACAACACUUUCAACCACCACAGCAGCCAUCCCAUCCACUACUUUCAGUGUUGUGGAGGGAAGUACCACUGUGCAGCCAUCAGCUCCAAGCAUUUUGUCCACAACAUCCAAAUCAUCUACAGUAACUGAAACAACUGGAGUCGUAACAACGACUGAGACAGUUACUGAGAACGAACUGAGCACUUCUGAGACAACGUUGUCCACCACCAGGCCACCGAAGGUGGUAACAACUGGCCAAACAAUCCAGCCGACAACUACUGCCACAACUACCGUGGAGGAGCUAACGGCAACUUCACCUGAAUCUUCAACACCAUCAAGCACAUCACUCCCUGUGAGACAAACCUCACCAGCCAUAACAUCCACUCAACCAACAACAGUAACAAAGACAACUGCUGUACCAGUCACUACACUUGUGUCCACAACUGUAACUGUUGAAUCAUCCACUGAAUUUGAGGUCAGCACCCAGGGUCCAUCUUCAACAACAAAACCAAUCAAAGCAGAAACAACACUUUCAACCACCACAGCAGAGACUCCAUCCACCACUGUCCUUGUAGAGGGAAGCAGUACUGUCCAACAUCCCACAGAAACAUCAGCUCCAAGCAUUUUGUCCACAACAUCCAAAUCAUCUACUUCAACUGAAACAACUGGAGUAGUAACAACAACUGAGACAGUUACUGAGAAUGAACUGAGCACUUCUGAGACAACGUUGUCCACCACCAGGCCACCAAAGGUGGUAACAACUGGGCAGACAAUCCAGCCGACAACUACUGCCACAACUACCGUGGAGGAGCUUACGGCAACUUCACCUGAAUCUUCAACACCAUCAAGCACAUCUGUCCCUCUGAGACAAACCUCACCAGCCAUAACAUCCACUCAACCAACAACACUAACAAAGACAACUGCUGUACCAGUCACUACACUAGUGUCCACAACUGUAACUGUUGAAUCAUCCACUGAAUUUGAGGUCAGCACCCAGGGUCCAUCUUCAACAACAAAACCAAUCAAAGCUGAAACAACACUUUCAACCACCACAGCAGCCAUCCCAUCCACGACUUUCAGUGUUGUGGAGGGAAGUACCACUGUGCAGCCAUCAGCUCCAAGCAUUUUGUCCACAACAUCCAAAUCGUCUACUGCAACUGAAACAACUGGAGUAGUAACAACAACUGAGACAGUUACUGAGAAUGAACUGAGCACUUCUGAGACAACGUUGUCCACCACCAGGCCACCGAAGGUGGUAACAACUGGGCAGACAAUCCAGCCGACAACUACAGCCACAACUACCGUGGAGGAGCUAACGGCAACUUCACCUGAUUCUUCAACACCAUCAAGCACAUCACUCCCUGUGAGACAAACCUCACCAGCCAUAACAUCCACUCAACCAACAACAGUAACAAAGACAACUGCUGUACCAGUCACUACACUUGUGUCCACAACUGUAACUGUUGAAUCAUCCACUGAAUUUGAGGUCAGCACCCAGGGUCCAUCUUCAACAACAAAACCAAUCAAAGCUGAAACAACACUUUCAACCACCACAGCAGAGACUCCAUCCACCACUGUCCUUGUAGAGGGAAGCAGUACUGUCCAACAACCCACAGAAACAUCAGCUCCAAGCAUUUUGUCCACAACAUCCAAAUCAUCUACAGUAACUGAAACAACUGGAGUAGUAACAACAACUGAGACAGUUACUGAGAACGAACUAAGCACUUCUGAGACAACGUUGUCCACCACCAGGCCACCAAAGGUGGUAACAACUGGGCAGACAAUCCAGCCGACAACUACUGCCACAACAACCGUGGAGGAGCUUACGGCAACAUCACCUGAAUCUUCAACACCAUCAAGCACAUCUGUCCCUCUGAGACAAACCUCACCAGCCAUAACAUCCACUCAACCAACAACACUAACAAAGACAACUGCUGUACCAGUCACUACACUUGUGUCCACAACAGUGAGUGUUGAAUCAUCCACUGAAUUUGAGGUCAGUACCCAGGGUCCAUCUUCAACAACAAAACCAAUCAAAGCUGAAACAACACUUUCAACCACCACAGCAGCCAUCCCAUCCACGACUUUUAGUGUUGUGGAGGGAAGUACCACUGUGCAGCCAUCAGCUCCAAGCAUUUUGUCCACAACAUCCAAAUCAUCUACAGUAACUGAAACAACUGGAGUAGUAACAACAACUGAGACAGUUACUGAGAACGAACUGAGCACUUCUGAGACAACGUUGUCCACCACCAGGCCACCGAAGGUGGUAACAACUGGCCAAACAAUCCAGCCGACAACUACAGCCACAACUACUUCAGAAGAAGGAACAACAUUAGAAACAACCAAAUCUACAAUUUCACCAGUUGUUACUACAAAUGUUUUCUACUUUUCUACAUCCAUGGAGACCUCAAUUGCCCCCAUUACAAAAACACUACCAUUUUUCACUCUCACCAUUCCAGUGACUACAGACUCCUCUCUUUUCUCAACUACCUCAGAGUUUUGUUGCUUUGUGAAUGAGACAAAUUUCCAUUCAGGUGAUAUCAUUUAUAAUGUUACCGAUGGCUUUGGUUGGUGCUUCACUGCAUACUGUGAUGAAAGUUGUAAUAUCGUGAAGAUUUCAACAUCUUGUGUAACCAGUCCUUCACCAUCUAUUCCUCCCGAAACAACCACGUAUUCUAGUUCAUCAACAGCAGGCACAAAUGAGCCAGAGACAAUAAUCUCGACAACUAAUACAAUCACUGAAGAAACUACACCCUCUCUGCCUAGGUGUGACGCCAUUGAUCCACCUAGACAGCCCAAUGAGGCUUGGUGGAGUGAAUGUCAAAAGUGUGAGUGUGACAGCCAAACACUGACGGUCAUUUGCCGGCCUGUAAACUGUCCUGUUUCACCACCUAUUACCUGCGAUAAACCUGGACAAAUGCUUAUCACAGUAGCAACAGUCGACUGCUGUGAGAUCCAAGAUUGCACUUGCAAUUCGAGUCUGUGUCCUACUCCACCACAGCAAUGCCAACCGGGAUUCACACUUACCCCAGUCAUAACUGCAGAUGCCUGCUGUCCAGAGUAUACUUGCUCACCCAUGGAAGUCUGUGUCCAAAAUAACACAGUAUAUCAGCCCGGCUCGAACAUACCAAGUGAUGAUCCCUGUACGCAGUGUCUGUGCGGACAGGACACUGAUCCUGAAACAAAUCUUCUUGCUCCAGAGUGUCAUUCAUUGGCCUGCAUGAUGUACUGUCCUGAGGAGACUCACGAGUACAGGAAACUUCCCGGUCAGUGCUGUGGAGAGUGUGUGAGCACCGAAUGUGUUGUCGUGCAUGACAACAUUACAGUCAACAUUCCGGUUAACCAAACAUGGCAGCCAGAUGACAAAUGCCUGACAUACAGGUGUGAACGAAACAAUGGGGUGUCAAUGCCGGUCGAAAUUAAGACAGUGUGUCCUGCGUUCAAUCCUGAAGAUUGCAUCCCUGGAACCGAGACAUUAGAUGCUGACGGCUGCUGCCCUACUUGUACACUGGAAAACAAAUGUACAGUCCAGAAAAACAGCACCUUCUUGGUCAGCAAAGGCUGUAAAAGCAGCACACCUGUGGAAAUAACCUCUUGCUCAGGGUUGUGUGGAACCUCAUCAAUAUACUCAGCAGAAGCCAACGCUCUCGUCCACUCAUGCUCUUGCUGUCAAGAAACAACCACCAGCACAAAGGAAGUGACUCUGAACUGCCCAGAUGGGUCAAACAUCAGCUUCUCCUACAUUUACAUCGAGUCUUGUGGCUGCAAGGCGUCCAACUGCCCUGAUCAGUCCACUAACAUGAGGAGACGCCGGAGGAGGAAGUGAACUUCAAACCCUGUACUCUAGAAAUGCAUCUUAUAGUAUAAACCUGUACAUUUUGAACUGUUUGAGAUAAUUAUCUUUAUGGUGUCAUGAGAAUGACAGCUCUUUUGUUUCUUGUAGCUCUUAAUAAACUAAUGCAAACUGAA